GGUCACUUCCGUGUUUACAAACUUCGUCACGAUCAUGAGAGAGUGUACAAAGAAAUAUCAAUAGCUCCCGAAUUAACUCACGUCACGCCAGAAUAUUAACUCUAGUCUGUGUCCAUAGUUUGUGUCAGAAGAAAUAAAGCACCAUGUUUAAAAAGAAACCAACCGUCCAAGAGCAAUUGAGAGAAAAUGAUAGAACAAUGCGUAAAACCCAGAGGGAUCUCACGAGGGACCGUGGGCAGCUUGAGAAAGAGGAGAAGAGAAUUGAAAUGGAAAUCAAGAAAGCAGCAAAGCAAGGCAAUAAACAGGCAGCGACAGUCUUAGCAAAACAACUAGUGGCAAUUAGGAAACAACAAACCAAGAGUUACUCUGUAGGAUCCAAAAUAUCGGCGAUAGGCAACCAGCAAAAGUUGAUGCACUCUAACAUGAAAAUGGCCGGAGCCAUGGCAACAACUACCAAGACGAUGCAGCAGAUGAACACAGUGAUGGAUCCCCAGAAGACGGCCAAGAUGAUGCAGGAGUUUGAGAGAGAGAACAUGAAGAUGGGCAUGUCUGAGGACAUGAUUAACGAUACACUGGACGACAUUCUUGGAGAAUCGGGAGAUGAGGAGGAAUCUGACGCUGUCGUCAGUCAGGUUCUGGACGAGAUCGGAAUCGAGAUCACCGGCAAGAUGGUACAUGCGCCAGCUGCUCCGAGUAAAGGUCUCGGGGAGACGUCGAAAUCUCGGGUAACGGACGACGACAUAGAGAGACAGUUAGCCGCCCUGAAGGAUCUAUAGCGUCCUACCUCCGUACAGGGCAGGGGAAUUCUGGGAGAAUUGUUUCAUCCCCCCUCCCUUCCUGGUCUCAUGUGAUAUCUAGGUCUUAACAUUAAUCUAUUUUAAUUUUACGUGGCCUUUGGAGUGGACGUGAUGGAAUACAAAAUUUGCGAUGUGAGAGAUUCCAUGAGGAUUAUGAUGUCAGUCUGUUAAAAAGAAACACAACGUUUACUGUCAAGCAUAGAUCUUGAUUUCUUUGUAGUCUGAAAUUCUGUGUAUCAAAAUUUGAGUGGAUUGAAGCAUUGUUUUUUUUUUCUUGAAAACAAAUUCACUGUGUUUAAUUUUUAGAGAUUUAAAAAGAAUGCAUAAAAAAUGAUGUGACGAAUUGUUUCUACUCUCUUUAACAAUUCAGAGUUAGAUUCAGUCAAUGAUUAUCAUAUUUCUUAAAACUAAUCCUCGUUUAUGGUAUUUUUGAUGUGUGUCUGUGCAAGUAAGAUUUAUAUGUGUUCUACGAACAUGAACUAUAAAACAAUUUUGUAUAUACAAAUUAUUGUAAGUUAUGACGUAUUUACUGUGUGUAGGUUUAGUUUUACCAUUUUUAUUUCAGUCUACAUAUCCAAAUAUAUACAAUGUUUGAAACAGGUGUUUGAAAAGGAAUUGAAAUUUGUGAUGAAAAUCGAUAAUGAUUUCAACGACAGAGCUGUGUGUGAGUGCAGAGUGGGUGAGUGGUUCAUUGUAUUGUUGUGUAUUGUCUUCUGAAUGUAUCUUUUAUUAUUCAACAAAAUUGAUUUCAUUGUUAUUAAAAUGUUGAUAGAAG